CCGAGCCAUGGGGCCGCAGUGAGUGCCCGGCACCGCCCCGCUGCGCCCGGCCAUGGCGCCCAUGGGGAUCCGCCUCUCCCCGCUCGGCAUGGCCGUGUUCUGCCUGCUGGGGCUGGGUGUCCUCUACCAUCUCUACUCUGGAUUCCUGGCCGGCCGCUUCGCCUUCUUCAUGCUGAGCGAGCCGGCGGCGGGCGGACCCGAGGGAUCCCGCGGUUCGGCGGCCAACGUGGACCUGCGGGAGCUGCUGGCCGUGUCUGUGCUGGCGGCCGUGCGGGGCGGCGUGGAGGUGCGGCGGGUCCGCGAUGGCAACGUGCUUAACGAAAAGGCCAAGGGGAAGACGCGGGAGGGGGCCGAGGAGAAGCUGACGAGCGGCGACCUGCUGUCCAACCGCCGCAUGUUCCACCUGCUGAGGGCCGCCUUCCCCGCCGUGCAGAUAAACUCUGAGGAACGUGUUGAUACAACUGAUCAGGAGACAGUCUCUUGGGAUCGCAAUAUUCCUGAAGAUAUAAAAGAAAAAAUACAGCCUAAAGAGGUUCCAGCAGAAAGUGUUACUGUCUGGAUUGAUCCAUUAGAUGCUACACAAGAGUACACAGAGGAUCUUCGGCAGUAUGUCACAACAAUGGUUUGUGUGGCUGUAAAUGGGAAACCAGUAAUAGGAGUGAUACAUAAGCCAUUCUCGGCAUAUACAGCCUGGGCAAUGGUGGAUGGUGGGUCAAAUGUAAAAGCUCGUUCCUUCUACAAUGACAAGACUCCAAGGAUUAUUGUAUCACGCUCCCAUGCAGGAAAAGUGGAGCAGGUUGCACGGCAGACUUUUGGAAAUAAGACUGUGAUAAUCCCCGCUGGAGGAGCAGGUUACAAAGUGCUGGCUCUCCUUGACGUGGCUGAAAAGAAUCAAGAAGAAGCUGAUGUGUAUAUCCAUGUCACCUAUAUUAAGAAGUGGGACAUAUGUGCUGGAAAUGCAGUGUUGAGAGCAUUGGGUGGCCACAUGACUACUCUGACGGGUGAAGAAAUUAGUUACACUGGCUCAGAUGGCAAUGAGGGAGGACUUAUAGCCAGUAUCAACAUGGACCAUAAAGCACUAAUUGAAAAACUUCCAGAUCUGGAAAAAACAUCACACAAAUAAAUGUGGUUGAUGGAGAAAUACAAGUCAUGCUUUUGUAGCCUCCAGAUGCUCUGUCUAGAGAAGCAGGUUUGAAAACUUGCUGGGAAAGAUGAACAGCAAAGCAGUUUGGUGAGGAUGUGGGGACUGUAUCAUGCAUUGGGUUUUCUCAGUGAUGGUAUUUAAAAAAAAAAAUCAACAAUAAUAAUAAUAAGCAGAAGUAGGAAGAGGACUGACUGCCUCACACCUCA